UAGAAGAAUCAAAACAAAAGUCAAACUUCAAACUUCAAACUCUCUAAACUCUUUAACUCUUUCAAUUCCUUAAACUCUUUGUUUGUGACAAUCAAUCAAAUUUUCUUUUUCUUUGUGAAUUUAAUUUCCUUCUAAUUUGUGAAUUGAUCAAAAUGUCUCUUGUUCCUCGACUUGUUGAAUCGAUGCUUCGAGAUCCUCUCGAUGAUUUCGUCCCUUUCAUCGCUUAUCGAGAACCAAUUGUUGAUUAUCCUCGAAGAUCAUGGAACCAAAUGAAUCGAGCUCUUCGUCAACUCAAUCAACUAUCAGACAAUUUCAAUCAACAAAUGGGACAAAUUGUCGAUUCAAAGGACAAUUUCCAAGUGAAUGUCGAUUGUGGUCACUUUAAACCAGAAGAAAUCAACGUGAAAUUGGUCGACAAUAGUUUGGUGGUUGAAGCGAAACACGAAGAAAGAUCAGAUGAAACUGGCUUCAUUUCGAGACAAUUUAAGCGACGAUAUGUUCUUCCUGAGAAUAUUGAAUUGGAGAAAUUGGAAUCGAAAUUAAGUGUCGAUGGAGUUCUAUCAAUCAAAGCUCCAAAGAAGGUGGUCAAUGCUGUUACUGGAGAGAAAAAUAUUCCAAUUUCUCUUACUAAUCAAGUCUAUCAACCAAUUGAAGGAAAAGACAACAAUCAGCAAAAACAAAAUUCUCAAGCCAAUUAAAUGUCAUUUACUCAUUAUUUAUUCUAGUUAAACCACCAAAGUAUUUGUUAAAAUCUUUCGAGCUUUUUUGUUCUAAUUCGGUGUAAUUUUCUCAUUAAUACUAAAAGUGUCCAAUAAAUCAUCUUUUACGUUUAAA